CCGCUGCCUCCAACGGAUAGUCGGCCUCCCGGGAAGCCUCCGGCCCAGCCUACUGGGGCUGGCCUCCUUCCUUCCCGUCCACCCCUCAGCCCCUCACACGACAUCCACUCGACCCUUCGGCGGGCCCUGCCGCUCCUCGCCCUCGCUCGCCGCUUCCCUCCGCCCGGCGGAGGCUGGCAGGAGAAUGACGUCACCGGAUCAGGCUGACCGGCAAUGGGCGCCAUUUUGAAACCCCCAAACCUCCGGCGGCGGCGGCGGCGCUGGCGGUGGCGGCCGCCACAGCAGCAGCAGCGCUCGUAGCGGAUCCCGUCCGUUCCCGACUGGCUUCUAUCCCUCGCGGGCCCCGCAGCCCCUUGGCUCCGCCCGGCACACGCUUCGGUGCGACAUGGCGGCAGGGGUGGCCGGCGGUGGAGGCGGCGGCAACGAUUUCCAGUGGUGCUUCUCCCAGGUGAAGGGGGCGAUUGACGAAGACGUGGCUGAAGCUGACAUUAUCUCAACAGUUGAAUUUAAUUACUCUGGAGAUCUUCUUGCAACAGGAGACAAAGGUGGCAGAGUGGUUAUAUUUCAAAGGGAACCAGAGAAUAAAAGCCGUCCUCAUUCAAGGGGAGAGUAUAAUGUUUACAGUACCUUUCAAAGUCAUGAACCUGAGUUUGACUACUUGAAAAGUCUAGAAAUUGAGGAAAAGAUUAAUAAAAUUAGGUGGUUACCGCAACAAAAUGCUGCUCACUUCUUAUUAUCUACAAACGAUAAAACUAUUAAAUUAUGGAAAAUCAGUGAAAGGGAUAAGAGAGCCGAAGGUUAUAACUUGAAAGAUGAAGAUGGACGACUUCGGGAUCCAUUUAGAAUCACAGCAUUAAGGGUGCCAAUCUUGAAACCCAUGGACCUAAUGGUAGAAGCAAGUCCUCGAAGGAUAUUUGCAAAUGCACACACGUAUCACAUAAACUCUAUUUCAGUUAAUAGUGAUCAUGAAACAUACCUUUCUGCAGAUGACCUAAGAAUCAACCUGUGGCAUUUAGAAAUCACAGAUAGAAGUUUUAACAUUGUAGAUAUAAAGCCUGCUAACAUGGAGGAAUUGACAGAGGUGAUCACUGCUGCAGAGUUCCACCCCCAUCACUGUAAUGUGUUUGUCUACAGCAGUAGCAAAGGAACUAUACGGCUCUGCGACAUGCGCUCUUCCGCCCUCUGUGAUAGACAUUCUAAAUUCUUUGAGGAGCCAGAAGAUCCCAGCAGCAGAUCAUUCUUUUCAGAAAUCAUUUCCUCAAUAUCGGAUGUAAAAUUCAGUCAUAGUGGUCGAUAUAUGAUGACCAGGGACUACCUUUCAGUUAAAGUAUGGGAUCUCAACAUGGAAAAUAGGCCUGUAGAAACAUAUCAGGUUCAUGAGUAUCUCCGAAGCAAACUUUGUUCCUUGUAUGAGAACGACUGCAUCUUUGACAAGUUUGAAUGCUGCUGGAAUGGUUCUGAUAGUGCUAUUAUGACUGGCUCCUACAACAAUUUCUUUAGGAUGUUUGAUCGAAACACGCGGCGAGACAUUACGUUGGAGGCAUCAAGAGAGAGUAGCAAACCUCGUGCCAUCUUAAAACCUCGGAAGGUGUGUACAGGUGGCAAGAGGAAGAAAGAUGAAAUAAGUGUUGACAGUCUGGACUUCAACAAGAAGAUCCUUCAUACAGCAUGGCACCCGGCAGAAAACAUCAUUGCUGUAGCCGCCACCAAUAACUUGUAUAUAUUCCAGGACAAAAUUAAUUAAAGACGGCUUAUUCGAGGACAAACUUGUCGUCUUGCAUAGUUAAGCUCAGUUGUUUAUCUGUCAGAGAGAUGGCCUUGUUGUCCUCCUAGUAAAGAACAUUGACGCACUUAUUUCCCUUUAUAGGUAAAGGAGAGAAGCUGGCCUGGAUUUGAGUUCAUGGUGUAUUUCUGCCUUCAGUGAGGGAGAACGUGGAAUUUAAUUUUUGUAAACAAAAUAAGCCCACUAGAAGCAGAAUUGAUGGACAAUACUCAAUAAAGGCCAAUAUUCAAAACAAAUGUAUUUAUUUAAGUCUGAGCCUUCCUUUCCAGUUGAUAGACCAAAAAAAUCUUAACACCCAAGAAACAAAUUGUCAUAAAAUGUAAUUUCUAUCUCACGUGCUCUUUAUCUGCUGUAAUAUUUGGGCCUUUCAAAACAUAUAUUUGUGCUUUAUGCCUGUAAACAUUCUUUCUCUGGCCUUCAUCUAAGCUUUAGGUGUUUCUACCUUUGAGCAAUAUAGGUAAGUCUAGAGUUGGGUGCGUAGGCAGGUUUUUCAUGUAUAUUACUCACCAACUGUAUCUAUAACCACACCUUCUGGUGUAAACCACUUAAUAAAAAUAACAGACUAUAAAAAGUGUUUUUAAAUCUGAAAGUAUGUAUUCAGUCUUUUUUAUUGCAUGUAUUGAGAUUGUGCAAAAUAUCUCUUAAUGGAAAGAUUUGAAAAUAGUUUGUCCCGAAAAUAUUCAUUUUGGCAGGAAAAGCAGUUUCUUGUGCUAUCUGCUGCUUCAAACUCUAAACUUAAUUUUUCCUCAUUACCUUAACGUGUAUUGGUUUUCUGUACUGUGUGCACGAAAGAAGAAACAGAAAAGAUUGGUUUAAAGCUCAUAUACAGCCUUAAAGGAGCAAGAUUGUCUUCGUACAUCAAAACCUUCAAUGGAAUCACUGCUCUGGUUAACAGUAAACAUGCCUCACAUCAGAGACACUUACCUUAACGUGCAUUACUUUUUUUACCUUUAAGUUCUUUGUUUCAAACCGUAUACUUUUUACUUCAACUGGGCAUAAGCAUAUAAAAUUUCCCAAUGCAGUUAAAAUCUUGUAUGUUUUUAAACUUGAUUAUGCCAAACAGGAGCACAACUUUAAAAACGCAUUUUAUCUCUUAAGGUGGGUCUGACAUGAGAUCAGACUGAGGCUGAAUGCUGAUGUGAAAAUACAUUUGUCAGAAUCUGGGCUUCAACUGGCAAUAGGGGGCUAAGGAAAUGCUUGUGUGAAUUUUGGGAUUUCUCCUCAAGAGCACGUGAUCACCUCCCAGUGUUUCAUUGUAAGCUUCUCUGGGUGUAAACUACUACACACAAAGACUUGUGGGCACCACUUUAAUAGCAUUAAGUAUCCAGGUACUACCACUUUGUCUGAACUUGCUACUAAACGUGCCUACAAACACCCCCUUGAAAUUCAGGCCCUUUGAGCUUCCUAGAUAAAGUACAGGUGUAUGGUUCACACUCCAUUUUUAAUGAAAUGAAGGUUUAAUAUGAUUGCUAAAAGUCGGCUGUGAAUAUGCAAGAGCAAUGCCUCUGUUCUUAUCCGUCAAUUAACGUCCAUAGAAUGCCACUCUUGUUCGCGAUAAGCUAAUAAAUACUAAUUUGGGGGUUCUAAAGAUAAAGUUUAAAUAAAAAUCGUAUACUGUAUAUCAGUUGUGACACUAUUUGCAAAUCUUGAAAUGUGGAACGGAUAGGUCAUUUAACCAUUAGAUUGACUUUGUUCCUAAAAAAAAUACAUGAAAGCUAAUACAAUGGGAUUGUACAUAAUUGUUCGAUUAUUUUGACCAAAAAGUUUAAUAAAUUUUAAAUGUUUACCUGGA